AUAUAGUUUGCUUCAAAAUGUCGAUCAUGAAGAAUACAAAGCUCAAUCUUGAUUAUUCCAUAUCAGUGUUGUCUUUCUCUCUUCUCAUUUUAUCGGUAUCGGCACAAGAAAACGCAACACAUCCCGUUGAUGUUGCGGGGAUAAUUCUCAUACAAUCAGCUUUUCCUGCACUCGGGGUAGUAAAUUCAACGUUGACUGAUCCAUGUCUUCCUACACCAUAUUCAUGGGUUACUUGUAACUCGGAUAAUAUCCCUCGAGUAACAGCACUAAAUUGUGGCAGUAAAGGCCUAUCGGGAAUCCUGGUCGAUUUUAGCUUAAUGGAUGCACUUGAAAUCAUAGACUUCAGCAAUAACCAUUUGACACAACACUUUCCUGACUUUCUUGCCAAAUUUCCUAAACUCAAAGAGUUGAAUUUGGCAAAUACCAAGAUGAUUGGAACAGUACCUACUUCAUUACAGAAGAACCAGAACUUAAAGUUGACGGUGUUGCCGGGUAACCCGUACUUGUGCUUUUCUGAUGACGACUCAUGCAGCUCGAUACAACUUAAAACCGUCAUAAUGUUUCUAAUGAUCGCAGCUUGUGUGAUAAUCAUCGUCUAGGAAUGGCGUGAGCUCUCAUCCAAGGUUGCAGUUCGUGAAAUAAUGGUUUUGGGAGCUUUCUUUCAUUUAUUUCUUAACUGUAACUGUUUAGCCAUUAGGAGCGUCGUUAAAGUCGUUGGAAUAGGGGAAAAAUAGGAGUACGUGUAAGAAAGUACAUUUGCUUGAAAAAA